UCACUUGCAAAGACUCGCGAGUAUACCUACCUCUUGUAAUAGCGUGUUCUGAGGAGACCGAAGCUGUCUAAGUGGCUCUCACAGUCACCAACCUGUUUGCCUUCAUUGGUAUACAUUGUGCUGUAGAGGUAUACACACAGAUCAAUCAAAUUUACAGUGACCAUCCUAGAGGAAUACUUGUAGUUAUUGAUAUUGUGCGAUUUUGAUUGAUCAAGGGAAAUAGUUCAUUCUGGAUUUUCGUUAUUUGGUUUUCUCAGUUUGCCGAAGCAGCUCGACUGACUAUAGUUGUAGUCUAGAUUGUAAAGAUUUUGCCAAUCAAGCAUUGCACUGAGCUCCACACAAUAUGCAGAAGGCCAAAAAGUAUGAGUGGCAAGACACGAAUCUUGCCCUUUUUGGGUCGCAGACAGAAAAAGAUGUGAAGAAGGAAGCGGCAGAAACAGAACCAGCAUGGAGGGGGUGUGGUCAAAAAGUCGGUCUUCAGAUCUGGAGGAUUGUGAAGUUUAAGGUGGAACACUGGAACAAGGAAGAUUAUGGAGAUUUCUUUGAUGGUGACUCCUACAUCAUUCUAAACACCUUUAAAGAUGAAGACAGCGAGGAGUUGAAUUAUGAUGUACAUUUCUGGAUAGGCAAGCAUUCAACGCAGGAUGAAUAUGGGACGGCAGCAUACAAGACGGUGGAGUUGGACACGUACCUUGAUGAUAAACCAGUACAACACAGAGAGGUGAUGAACAAAGAGUCAGACCUCUUCAAGAGUUAUUUCAAGAGAUUGACGUAUAUGAAUGGUGGAGCUGAUAGUGGUUUCAGGCAUGUCAAACCAGAAGAGUACCCACCCAGACUACUCCACUGUCACAUGGAAGGCAAGGGAAGAAAUGCAGUUCUCAAAAUAAAUGAGGAAAGGAAAGUGUCCAAAAAAUGCAUGAGGUCAGAUGAUGUCUACUUUUUGGACGGUGGAACAAAGAUGUUUAUGUGGUGUGGUGGUAGUAGUAAACAUGAUGAAAGGUUUAAGGCAGCACAAGAGUUCCAGUGUUGGACUGCCAAGAGGCCGCGUGCCGUCAAGGAGAGCCUUGACGAAACUGACAUCUCACCCGACCAUCCAUUCUGGGAUUUCUUCGCCGAUGAUGAUGACGACGAUAGUGAAGAUGACGUCGAUGCUGAUGAGGACGCCGAUGACAGCAAGACAUUUGAAAGUGUGCUCUUCAGACUCUCCAAUUCAUCCGGUGUGUUAGAUUUUACUGAGGUUUCCAAGGGACGCAACAUCUGCAAAUCAGAUCUUGAUUCCAAUGAUGUUUUUAUCCUGGACACAGGCAUGGACUGCUUUGUAUGGGCUGGUAAAGACGCAGACAAGGAAGAGAAGAACAAUGGCAUUCCUUAUGCCACGGAAUACCUGAAGAAAACCCAGCACAGGAAUGCACCCAUCAGCAGUCUGAAAGAGGGAUCAAAAUGCAAAAAAUUCACAGAAAUUAUAGGUCGUUAAAUCGGUUUGUCUCCCUCUGUAUUGUCAAAUAAGAAAUACUAGUAAACCCCUUUGCAUAAAGCCAUGUACAUGCUUAUAAUACUUGAUUAAUAAGAAAUGAACAAUAGCCCAUCAUAUGCCUUAAUGUCAUGAGUAAGAUGUCAUUGAUUGUGUAACAUAGGGCAGCUGUUAAAUAGAGGAAAUUCCAUUGAAAAAGGGUAAAUUAUCAUUUGUUAGCCAGAAGUCACAUUGUAAGUUGUCUGCAAAGAUGUUAAAGCAUUUCAUGGCUUUAGAAUUCACAAAGACAAGUUGUCACAUGAAAAAGAUAUCGAUACUUCAUAAUAGA